AUGGGCAAGAAAGUAAAGGCCAAGAAUGAAACACCGGAGCCUGUAACGAAAAAAGGUGAUAAGAAGAAGAAGGGCGUGGAUUCGAAUAACGGUGCUGAUGCUAAUGCUAGCGCGGGGAAGGGAAAGGUGAAAGGGAAUAGGUCUCUGACUGAUGAGUCUACAGAUGCUAAAAAGCCUGCCCGAGGGCUAGUAAUAGGCGAUAAUUUUGGAUGGACAGGUAAGCUACCAGUAACUUUACUCAACGAACAUUGUCAAAAACAGAAAUGGAAUAAGUGCGAUUAUAGCAUGAUGAAAAAGUCGAGUGGAGUUGUAUGUAUCGUUACUUUGUCGUGGGAGAAUCCGAAAACAAAGGAAUUGAUUAGUAUAAAGUUCAAACCAGAUUAUACACCAAAGGAGACUACCAACGAAGCGAGACACAUGUCAGCUACAUUUGUGUUGCACAGAAUCAACUAUAUAAAGAAUAUGAAAAUGUUAUUACCGAUAAUCUUUAGGGAUUAUUGGACCGAUUUGGAAAACGAGCGAGCCAAGCUUUUAAAAGAAAAUAAAUAUUUGCACGAUAUUCGAUACAAUAUCAACCCCUUCGUUGUGUACAUAGAACAAGAAGAGUUGAAGAAGAAAUUAGCUAAAGAGAAGCUAGAUAAGAUGAACCAGGAGGCCAAAGUACAUAAGCCAGCAGUCUCCUUGGGACAUGAGCAGGGAAAUAGUAAAGUUGCCACAUUGGCAAACUCUCUACCUCGCAAAGUUUGGGAAUCUGCCCCACUAUUUGACAUACCAUCGGAGCUUAGGGCGGAUAUAGAGCUCUCAGUGCGAGAGUACCUUGACUGGAGCGAGGAGAAUUUGAGGAACAACAAGGGUAACGAGAAGCAUGGAAAAGAAAAGAAUAAUUUUGGUAAACUAGAGCAAGAUGAGGACAAAAGUCUCGUUGAUAAAUUGGUAAAUCUAGGUUUUCGACGCAACCACGUGAAAGAGUCUCUCCAGUUUACAUCAACAUUUACUGAUGCACUCGAGUGGCUUAUCUUUCACCUUCCUGAAGAUGAUUUACCAUCUUCAUUCUUGAAAUCUGAAACUGAAUCUGAUGUUGUGUUGAAAGUUUCUAGGCCAUUAAAGACAGAACUUGCGAUGAAAAGAUUGAAACAUUCCGGAUUUUCGGAAGACAUUGUGCUUCGGUUAUUUGAGGAAUGCGGAGAGGAUGAUUUUGCCACUGCAAUUGCGUUAACUAAACUUUUGGACACAGGGCUGCUGAACUUGCCCUUGCGUAUUAGUGAAGAGGAGAGUCAAGAAUUGUGGGAUCAAGAAGUAGAAGCGUUGAGUAUGGCCAAAACAAACAUUGAAAAAAAUUCUUAUAAUGUGGUGACUAUUCCUUUACUGCCAGAAAAUAUCAAGGGCGACAAAGUUAGUGUUCAGCUUUUCAAAAGUCCUAUGUAUCCUAAUGAACUACCAGGGAUUCAAAUUGUUGUAAAGAACGAAUACAAGAUUGCCAAUUACGUCAAGUUAGCGAUAGUAAAGAGUUUGAUCUCAGAGUUGCAUGUUGGAGAAUGCAUGUUGUACUCGAUAGUAGAGUGGUUGGAAUUAAAUUUGAUGGAUAAAAUUCAAAACCCUGGGUCAUUAUGCAUGUAUGAAAAGAUUAAUGACUCUGCCACAUCGCAAACAACAAGACUGAAUUUAAACUACCGUUCAUCACAAAAAAGGAAUAAGGCACAAAAACUCGAUCCACAAGCAGUGAAGAAACUGUAUGAAAGCAGAUUAAAAGAGUUGAAACAAGAUCGAGGGCGGGAACUGUUGCCAGCAUGGAAGAAACGAGACGCAUUGGUGCAAGCAAUUAACUCUAACCAGAUCACAUUAGUUACGGGUGAAACAGGAUCGGGUAAGUCUACACAGGUUGUGCAAUAUAUUCUUGAUGACUUGAAUGAAAGAGGGGAUUUUUCAUCUACCAUUAUUUGCACACAACCACGUCGUAUUUCUGCAAUGGGUUUGGCAAAUAGAGUUGCAGAGGAAAGAAAAGAUGAAGUUGGUCGCGAGACUGGAUAUAUCAUCAGAGGAGAAAGCAAAGUUUCUGGAAACACUAGGAUAAGCUUUGUUACAACAGGUAUUUUACUUCGAAUGCUACAGAAUAUAUCAAAUCAGCAACAUAAUGAGACUGAAAGUGGACUGAUCUUUGAACAUCUCAGAUACAUCUUCAUUGAUGAGGUACACGAAAGAUCCGUCGAUAGCGACUUUUUAUUGAUUAUUCUUAGAGAUUUGGUCAAGCGAUUCAAGAAUUUAAAAAUAAUCUUGAUGUCUGCAACAAUCAAAAAGGAUAAAUUCGACCAGUUUUUUAAAUCAACUAUUGAGCAUACCCAUGUUGAAGGAAGGACCUACCCGAUUCAAGACUUGUAUUUAAAUGAUGUUAUUGACGAGUUGGAUUACAAGAUGGAAGUCAAUGGAGAUCUUAUCACACCUCGUGCAGAUGCAGCAUUUUUCAAAAUGGGAAACAUCAAUUAUGAUUUACUAGCGCAACUUAUCAAGCAUGUUCACAAAAAGCUUGCUGCUCAAGAUAAUGAUGGUUCGUUGCUUGUUUUUUUACCAGGUGUUGGUGAGAUCAACCGCGCUGUAAAGGAAACAAGUUUGAAUUUUUCUGGAAUAUUGGCAUUACCGCUUCACUCCUCAUUAUCACCACAAGAGCAAAAACGGGUCUUUGUUAAACCGUUAAGGGGAACCAGGAAAGUUGUAUUUGCUACCAAUAUUGCAGAAACAUCGAUCACUAUUCCCGAUUGUGUUGUUGUGAUUGAUACAGGUCGUUCUAAAAAUAUGUUUUUUGACCCUGCUUUAAACGCAACAAAGCUUAUUGAAGAAUGGUGCUCUCAAGCAGAAAUUAAACAGAGACGAGGUAGAGCUGGGCGUGUUACUAGUGGGUUAUGCUACCAUUUGUAUACAAAGGAGACAGAACUGAGUAUGCUUGUACAGCCCAUUCCAGAGAUCAAGAGAGUAAGGUUAGAAAAUUUAUAUUUGAUUGUUAAGUCCAUGGGUAUUUCGAACGUUGAAAAGUUUAUAGCAAGUGGUCUUGAUGCUCCUGAUAAGCAAGCAUUAUCUUCGGCUCAACGUUUAUUGGAAGAUGUUGGUGCUUUAGACAGUGGAAAUCUUACAAAUUUGGGCCGAUAUCUUUCAUACUUACCAACGGACCCACAUACAGGUAAGCUCUUGAUAUUGGGCUGCAUAUUCGAUUGUCUUGAUAUGUGUGUUACGUUGGCGGCAAUCAAUUCAGUAGGAAGCAUUUUUAUCAACAAUUUAGAGAAUAGGGAAAAGGUUAAACAGAUUUUGAACAGGUAUUCUGGUGGAUAUGGUGAUCUUAUCGCAGAGGCUAAAGUUUACCUUGAAUAUAGCAAAAACCCUAUUAAGCUGUUUAUUCGUGAAAACUGUUUGUCUUAUACAGCUUUAAAAGACAUAAAGUCAACCAAAGCACAGUUUUUGCAGCUCAUUCUGGAGAUGGGAUUCACAGCAUAUGGAAGCAUCGGUAAAAGUGAAGCGAAAAUCAACUAUGCAUUGGUUAUGGCCAUAGUCACGGGAUCUUUGUACCCAAACAUCAUACGAGUCCAAUAUCCGAACCAAAAGUAUUUAAAGACCUCGCUGGGUUCUGUUGCUGUUGAUCCAGAAGCUAAGCAGAUAAAGCUUUGGGUCAAAAACGAUUCACAAGACCCCGAGUCUUUGCCGUUAACAAGAGUAUUUAUCCAUCCAUCUUCUGUUAUGUUUAGUACAAAAGAUUAUGAACCAAAUGAUGCUAGCUCUGAAGAUGACCCCACAGAUAUAUCUAGAUUGGCUCCACAAGUGCCUAAAGCCGACCUGGUGGUAAUCAAGACCCCAUUCUUGACAUACAAAUCAUCUCAUUUGACAUCUAAGCUAUACAUUAGAGGUAUUACGCCUUCGACCACCAUUUCAACUUUGCUUUUUGGAGGUAAGUUCGAGUAUGAAGCAAAAGGUUUGCUUCUUAAUGGAUGGUUGCCAAUCAGAACUUGGUGCAAAAAUGGAGUAUUAAUCAAACAAGUGAGGAAGUUACUUGAUAAAUACAUAGAUGAGAAACUAUCGACAUUGAACAGCACAACUCAUGAGGCCAUUUUCGAAGUGAUAACCAGAGUGGUGAAUUUAUAG